AAACUACAUACCAAAAAAUACAUAAAUAUUUUAAUUUUGAAAUUUACUUUGAACUACUUUUUUGAUAAAAGCUUUGAACAUAUAUUGAUAACUUAAUAUUUAAAUUUUAAACUUUCCAUUGAUUUUUUUUUUAAAAAAAAAUUAUAAGUUACUAAAAUUAUUAAACAUUUCACAAUGAAAUUUUUCUUAUCAAUUUUUAGAGUUUUUGUUAUAAAAAAAUACAGAUGAUCAAAAACAAUAUGAGUAAAAAAUUUAUUUGAUAGAUAUAAAUAUUAAAAAUGUACCAUAUAUUCAUGUUAAUAUCAUUUAAAUUUAAUUAUUACCGUAUAAAAUCGAAAAAGUGUUUAUUUAGAUUAAUAAUAUUUAUUUAUGUGUUACCAAUUUUUUUAUAUACGCAAUAUUUACUAACUUUUUAAUUAAUCAAUAUAUAUUUAUUAUUUCAUAAUAUGUAAAAAAUAUAAUAUAUAAAAAUAAUUUAUAUCUAUUGUUUAUCUCAUGCAAGGCGCAAAUCUUAACUUAGCGAAUAUUAAAUGGGAAUGGUAGUGCAUUUUUACGCUCCAGCAUUUCCCUUACGGGUCUUCCGUCUCGUUAUUUGCAUUUCAAACAUAUCUUUGUUUGUUUUUUUUCCUUUUCUUAGCAUUUUUAUAAAUUAAUCACAAAAUAUAAAGAAUCAAGGACCAACCGUCCUAAUCGAAUAAACCCAAAAUAUUUAUAAUAUCCUACUCACUAAUCCCACUAUAUAAUAGGGACUAAAUUUAGAGCUUAUUAGGGGUGCCACCUAGGCAAAAUAUUCCAGACCAAUCGUUUUGCCACGUCACACAGGCAACCCAGUUCAAUAAAUCGAAAAUUCAUCCCCCGUCGGUUUACCGGUUUCGUUCGCGCGCCUUAUGUCUACGGUUGGAUUGCAAUUGGGCCAGUUUUUAAAAAAAAUUCCCAGCCCAUCCCAUAACCCGUUCGCGCCGUGUGAUUAAUUCGACGGCUUAACGUUAGCGCAGCCCAGCCCGUUAACGGUUUAAUUUACGCAACUGAUGUAUCCGUCCCUUUGCAGUUGGGCCAGAGUUAUUUUAAAAUAUGCCAGCCCAUCCCAUAACCCGUUCUCUCUGUUUGAUUAAAACGACGGCUUAAGCUUUGUGAUACUCAGUAACCCUAAACGCUGUCUCUCCCAUUUCUCUUUCACGCAUGGCGAUUCUCUUCCUCUCCCACUAAUCUCCCCGCAAAACGCCUCCGAUGAAAGGGGUUGAACUUCAAUGCUCUCCCUUAAAGCCUCCAUUCAAGAUCCCCGCAGACCUUCUACAUCCCCCCUUCGUCUUAUAUCUACCUUCCUAUUUAUACCCUUAUCUCUCUUACCUCAGCUCAUCCUUUACAAUCUCCUACCUCAGAUCGAAAGCUGUAUACCGUAAUCAUGUCGAAAGAGAUCGCAAUCCGCACCGGCGAAUCUUCCCCUCCUCUCCUCUUCCGCCAAGUUUCUCCCGGACCCAGCGAUUCCACCCUGCAGUUCCGGCUUCUCCAUUUCUGGAAUGCUCGGAAGAACGUCAAAGGAGGACCAGAGAUCCUUCUUGGGGUCGAGAUGCUGAUGAUCGAUGCGGAGGGAACUUUAGCUCAGGGGUUCAUCGGUCAGAACCGUCGGAGCCAGUAUGAGAAAGAGCUUGAGCGUGGGAGGGUCUACACAUUGACAACCUUCUAUGCAUCAAACAGCAAGGUGAUGUACCAUGUUGCUGAUCAGAGGCUGGUAAUCUGCAUCUCACACGACUCUGCCCUGUCAAAAGAUGAAGAAGACGUUGAAAGCAUUUUGACAGAGCGCUUCAGAGUCCAUUCCUUUUCAGACUUUGAAGCAAACUGCGAUCUCAGAGGGGAUCUUCACGAUGUUGUUGGCCACCUUAAGCUGGUUGAUGGCCAGGCUCUCCAUCAGCGUCCGGUUUUGUGCACCAAGGAUGGCUCAGUUUCUCGGAAAGUGACGGUCCAUUUGCAGCUUAAAGAUGGUCCAGUGGUGAACGUGUAUUUAUGGGACGAGGCCGCAGAAAGUUUCCGCUUGAAGUUUGACGCAAGUGCAACCACUCCAACGGUUCUUCUGGUCACAACUGUCAAUCCUAAAAGGCUCGGGGGGAAGUUGUGCCUAAGUUCCAUGUCCUCUUCAAGGGUGUUUUUGGACGAAGAUGUUGACCCCACCAGUGAAUACUUGACCUGGUUGAGUGCGAACCCUUCUGCCACUUCUUUGGUCAACCCAGUUGAGGUUGUCAAAGCUGAGACUCUCACAAUAAGUGAGAUUGCUGCGUUCCUCAAACGUGAGCCUGCUAAGGUAAAUCCCAUUUCGUUAUUAGAAUCAAGCACUUUUCUCAAUUUAGUUGCUCACAACUUUUGUGAUGUUACUUUUGUAAAUCCCAUUUCGUUUACAAUUUACUGCAUUGCAACAAUUGAUGAUGUCAAGCUUGGGGCUGAGUGGUAUUACAUUGCUUGCAAAGAUUGCCAGACCAAGCUAAACCGUGGUCCGACAACCUUGCUUUGUCCAAAAUGCCGCAAUGAAGAUGCUACUGCAUUAGCCAACUAUCGGGUGGAGCUUUCUGUUUAUGAUAAUGAGGCGCAGUGCACGUUCAUCAUCCUCGGCGAUGCUGGAAAAGAGCUCACUGGCAGAAAAGCAUCAGAGUUGAUUGACGCCUAUGUUCAGUCGGUGUGACUAGCGUCUCUUGUAAAGGCUUACAUACAUUGCCUUGUCAUACACGCAAAUACCAUUUAAGUAAGAUUUAUAAAGUUUGAGCUGGAAGCACCCGUGGGUAUCUCCAUUGGCGUCUGGAAACACACCUGCAUAAAAAUCCUAAACCAACAACAAAGAUAACUGGGUCGGAAAUGGGGUCCAGCAAAAGUUGGCAUUAUGCAAUAGACCAAGAGAUGUUGAAUCGAUGAUUCGUAAGUGGCGUUAACUUGUUUAAGUGAUUUUUAUAAACAAAUGUGUUGUAUCAUAUAGUUAGAGACAAUUGAAGAAACAAUAUUUGUUGCUCGGCUCCUAGAUCGAAAUUGAUAAUCCUCACCAUUAAUCAACAAAUCAAUCAGAUCUAGGCUACAGUGAGUUUAUGGUUCAAAUCAGUUCUAGGCUACGGCAGGUUUAAGGUUUAAUCAGGUUGGAGGAAGAUCUAGAAAGUGGUAUGGUGGGUGCUCUCUGUGAUUGUUUUUUUUUUUUUGUUUCUCUGAGAUAUAUCAGUUUGUACGGUUUUGUUUGUUUCUUUUGAGUAAUAUCAGUACUCUUACAUUAUCUUAUGUUUAAGGUGUUUUUAAUUAAAAAAAAUUGUAUGUGUUUGCUUACACAUAUUAAUUGCCAGACAUCUACUCUUCAUUCAUGGGACUAGAUACUCAGUUAGAUUUAACCACUUGGAAGUAGUUGAAGUUCCAGCAUGAGGUCUGGCGAACAUUAUUCAAUAACGAGCUUCUUGCUACGCCAAUAUCCAUAUUUUUUUAAGUUAGUACAACUGAUUUUGGGGCAUCUGUGUUCCCCAAACCUUCUAUGUUCCUUACAAAGACUUAUUUUGUAUUGCAUAGCUUUACUCUGUUAUCCUGAGAUUUUUGUUGUUAUCUAAAGGAGUAAACUUCAAGGAUGUGUUUGGAUGUCCAUUCUACAUUUUUUCUGAAGUUCUGACCAAGCAUUACGAUCCAGAAGCAGAUAUUUCGAGCGCAGGCGUGAUGGUUUAUGUUUUACUCUGGCUCAGCUCCGUUUUGGGAGGUAAGUUUCACAAAGUUUUAUAUGUCUUUGGAUGUUUCUCAUGUGUGUUACUAAUCUAAACAUAAACAGAAGAAGAAAUCUUUCAGUGUCAGGUUUGAUUUGAGUCUGCUGGUGCAUCAAGGUUUGUGAUUAGGGGUAGAGAUAUUAUGUCAAGACUGUAGCUAAAACUUUGACAGGAAAAGAACAGCUUUGGUGAAGAUGGCUAAAAUCUGAAAAGCUAUGACCUUAUGAUUGAGACUUGUAUGAACCGUCAUAACCCAGACAUGUAGAUGAGACUGAGAUACCCAAGGAAGAGUCUGAGGAGCAAGAGUAUUUUGAUCUCAGUAUCUGUGAUGAGGAGCGUGGGAAAGAUAUUUUCUGUAUACAUGUUAAUGACAAUACAUUUCAUUGGCUGUUUCUGAUUUGAAGUUCUUAUUUUCCUGAGAAUUGAUUUUUUUUAUUUGAUGUAUGCAGCAAAACAACAGUACAAAAUGGCAAAUUUAAACCCGAGGAUACUCAAAAGAUAGCUUCAUAUGAAACAUAUUUGGUGAGAAGUAGCACAAUUUCUCGGAGUUGGGAAGCUAGAACUCGGGUUUAAGAGCAUCUCCAAUGUAUAUCUCUAUAUUUUCCUCUAAAAUAGAGAUCUCUAUUAUAGAGGUGGAUUUGCUCCAAUGUAUACCUCUAUAAUAGAUUUUUUCUAUUUUAGAGGAAAAUAUAGAGGAAUCCUACUUUUUAUCUCUAUAUUUAGAGAUGAAAAUAGCAAAUCUCUAUAUUUUCCCCUAUAAAUAGAGGAACUCUAUUAUAGAGGCAUACAUUGUAGCAAAUCCACCUCUAUAAUAGAGUUUCUCUAUUUUAGAGGAAAUUCACGCAUAUUGUUUUAUUUGUUGAACCAGGGAAGCUUGACGAUCAUCUACCAUCGUGCCAUAUUCAAAUGGAGUUACAAAACAGAGACGGAAAUUCGCAGGUAUUGAUUGCUUCGACCUCCUCCUUCUUCGAAUAUUUAAGCUUAUCUGAUGACUUUUUUUUUUUUUUGCUUUGUUCCUAUCUGUCAGAGAGUAUCUGUGGACAUCAUCAUGAGGUGGUAACGAUGAGAGAUCGGCCGGAGAAGAAAUAGCGAGAUUCAAAAUUGUCACGUCAGACAUUGAGGAAGAUAGAGUCGGUAACUUUGGCUGAGCUUAAUUCCUUUGUUUUGAACGCCUCCCCACAGGUAAACACAAGAUAACCUUUGCCUCUCUUAAUUUACAUCGUUGUAGACCGUUGAGUUCCUAUGCACUGGGUAGUAAGUGGCAUUGAUACCAUCUACUGAUGAUGCUACAUUUCAUGCACUAAGAGUUUUCGCAUACUGCAAUGAGGCUUCUCCUCCUUCACUUGCGUUUCAUGUAAUGAGGAGAACACAGUUGGGGUUGUGAGGUAAUGUUUUAUCAACACAAAAUUCUUCCUCCUUCCAGCUUUGCUGAUAGUAAACUCUUAUAGACAUUAUAUGUCACAUUCUGAAAUUGUUAAUGUGACAGUCUCCGAUGCAUCUGACUCAGCUGAGUUUGUAGCUUUUGAUACUGUAAUAAGUUAGUUGACAAAUACCAGGGCUGGAGAGGUCUCCCAACAAAUGGUAACACUUACCAACUUACGCACAUUUCUCUGUCCGCAUUUUAUGUAAACUGCAUAUUCAAGUAACUGAAAUAUUAUCCCUCACCAGAACACAGGGUUCCAAGACCCCUGGAGUUCGGCCCCUCUAUAAUGCAUCGAAAUUUUUUUGGGCCGCACCUUCACCUUCCAGUUGAAGGUUUCUCGAUUCAACUUCUCAUCCAAACAGCAGAGUUCAUUUACGAUUGUCACUAGCGCCCAGCCCAACCAAAUUUUGAGAACCAAGUCAGUACAUUAACUUAUUUUUGCUAUGUCGGGAAACUACGAAAGUUUUUGAUCAUUGUUUAACAUUGUUAAUGACAAUGAUCAAAAACUAAGGUGGCAAUGACAACCUGAUGAUUACAUGCCUGGUCGUGGAGCUGUGAAAAGAAGUUAUCCAUGUUAGAACAUGAGGGACUCAGACAUUAGAAGAAGCACUGCUGAUGGGAAUGGUGAUGGGCAAACAGCUGCUCUAAGUGAACCAAAUGAGUCACCUGUAGCUGACAAGAAUACAUGAGAGGAUGCAGCAGUUCUGGAGGAAGGGCGCUCCACAAAGAAGAAGAGAAACAAAGAGAUUAUUAACAAGUUUGAAGACUGAUUGACUACGAAGAUGCGCCAACAUGAACAUUGCAUUGAAGACUUAAAAAAAAAAUCACUUUGUAGACAUUUUCCUUAAACCAUGUCAUUGUUUUUAAUAAGUUAAGUUUGUCCAGCUAAUCUAUGUCAAGAAAUAUUUUUUUUAAUACAAUGAAUCGUCUACAUCAUAUAAAUCCACAGUUUAAAUAAAAAUGUAUAAGUUGACAAAACAAAUUAUAUAGAAUAAAAGGUAAAACAAACAUAUAAAAGAAAAAAUAAUAUAUGCUAACACAAUCGACCACAAUUGUUUUUAAUAUAAUUCUUAUUAUCUUUGUAAAUUUAGAAAAACAUUUCAAACAAUUAAAACAAAUAUGUUUUCAUGAAAAACAAUAAUGGUCGAACAAGUAUAUAAUCUCUAAAUGAAAAAAUAAAAUAGAUAGUAUUUUUUUGUAAAAAAAAAUAGUAAAAUUUAAUAUUGUUUUAAAUUAAAAUAAAUAAAAAAAUUCAAAAAAUUUUCAAACUUUAAAUAAUAUUAUAUUAUUUGAUUUUUUAUUCACCCCCCCCCCAUAGGUACUAUUUGUUACUUAAAUAAAAUAAAAUUUCAAAUGAUGUUUCUUCUAUAUGCUGUCCAUAUGGUAUUUACCAGUAUAAGUAUGUUUUUUAAAUAAAACAUCAACUAUACUUUAUGUUUAAAUUUCAACUAAAUUAACUUUGUAACGACCAUGGUUUUUAUUCUACUUUUAUUGAAUCGAUUAGUCGCAACCACUUAUGUUAUUCCGCUUUGAACUAAGCAACUUCAAAAUAAAUUAAUACCAUAUAGUCGCUAACCACUACCAAAUGAAUCGGAAUAAAAUAUCAUUCUCUUGCAACAUAUUUUAAUUUUCAUAUUUUUGAACAUAUUUUAUUUACUAUGACCAUAAAAUAAACUGUAAAUUCAUGUAAAAAUAAAAUAUACGAACACAUCGCGUAGCGCCGGAAUACCACUAGUAUCUUAUUAAAGUAGAAGUAUGAACUAACCGUUACCUUUUAAUUACGCCUAAUACAACUAAAAAUUAAAUAAUCUUAAUUUUUAGCUUUAAUUAUUUUUAACAAAAACAAACUUAGAAAUACAAUCAAUUAAUUUUACUUAUUGUCAACAUUAAUGGUUGUUUCAAAUGAAAAUAUAUUUUAAUAAAUUCUUUUUUUUAAUUAAACACUUAAUAAAUUUUAUCCAUAGUGUUGGUUUGUUGGGGUCAAAAUCGGUCAUGGCAAAAUCUACAUCUGAAAACUUCAGAGAAAUAGAUUUCAGAAAAUACUUACGAAAAUAACUUGUAUAAAACAAACAAAAUAGUUUUGAAAGUCUACGAAACAAUCAACAGAAAGAAUAAGAACUGAGGAAAAGAGCCUGUUAGCCAACUUGGCGUACGGUGAGUUAGAACGCUAGCCGGCUAGCCAACUACCGUACGGCGAGUUGGACCCUUAGCCGGCUAGCCAACUCACCAUACACUGAGUUGGACCGUUAUCAGGCAGCCAACUCGCCGUACGGCGAGUUGGACCGUUAUCCGUCUAGCCAACUCGCCGUACGGCGAGUUGGACUGUUAUCUGGCUAGCCAAUUCGCCGUACGGCGAGUUGGACUAUUAUCCGGCUAACCAACUCGCCGUAUUGCGAUCCAUCUCGGAAAGUGAUACGCUCUAAAUUAGGGAGGGAUCACUCAGCCGAACUUUAGGAUAUGAACUCGUCAAAAAGGAAGAACUGGUGGUAUGAAUGGUGACACAAGAGGGACGGAAAGUCUCUUGAUACUGCCAUAUUUCAGUUGUUGCUUGAUAUGACGCACAAGUCCAACAAAAGAAGGGUUUCUAAACGUUGCUUGAUAUGACGCACAAGUCCAACGAAAUAGAGAAUGUUUACUUGGAGGAAACUCAACAAGAAACAAGAAGUGUUCUACAAAAAACAAAGGAGAUAAAAUCAAUAAAAAAGAAAAAGGAAUUGUCUUAUUUCGUGGCUCUUAGGCUUUAUUUAUAAGAUUACAAGUUGUAAAGAUCCAAAUAAGAAUGUGCUAAAAACAAGACACUGAAAAUAGAAACAAAGACGUAACUAAAUAAAGUCUUUGACUGAAACUUGGACUGUCUCUUACUAUACUGCUGAAAUGGGCCAUGACAUGUCUCUUUAAGGCCAGGUCGAAAUCCAUCUUUUUUUCUUAGCUAAUUUUUUCGGUUUCUCCACUUGGCCCAAACAAGUCUGUUUUUGAAUCUUUUUGAAAGCCAUCAAACCCAAGGCUUUCCUGGACAUUUAGAACAUGAAUAAUCACAUGGUUUGUAAAUUACAUAACUGUCACAUAUGAACUCUGUUUGAUCUGGUUAUUCUCCGAGGAGCUUUGUAAUUGAGUUGAGAACAUUCUUCAAUUGAUUUCAUACGCAGAAGGCUCAUUGUUUGUAAAUCGGACUGUUGCUAAUUGCUGUCCACUCCAGCUCAGCUAACCAAUUAAACUUAACUUUAAUGUAUCUAAAAUUCACUAAUGACAAUUACAUACUUAUUUAUUUUCUUAUAUUACAACAAUCACAAAUAUCUUUUUAUUCCAUAAUUAUUUAAUCUUGUCUAAAAUUCCCUACUCACAAUUACAUAGUAUCAUUUAAUUUCUUAUUUUCGACAAUUACAAAUAUCUUUUUUUAUUUUGUAAUUAUGUAAUCUUAGGGAAAAUUUCACUUUUAUCUAACAAUAACGGACGGGUACGCAAAAGUCGCUGGAAAAGCUGGUGCCGUCGUGAACGUCACCGUGAAAUAUUGGGACACCAGCGGUGGAGAAGGACGAGGAAUUGGAGUUAUCAGGAACGGCGGUGGCUGCGUUGGUACCAUCGGAAUCAGCAAUGACAUCGUUUUCCUCGUCAUCAUCAUUAGAGAAAUCUACCAAGAGGUCAUCUACUGCGAAAUUAUCAACCGUGUAGCAGUCUUCUUGAGCUUCUUCUUCCAUGUAAUAGGUUUUUCCCGGUGGGUUGUCGCUUAAGGAUAGAGUCAAUACAAAGUUCAUAAGUUGUCAACACCCACAAAAAUAUAUUAAAGUAAGAAAAUAAACAUCUACGGUUCCUAAAAAUUUAUACCAAAAUUUUUUUAUCUGCCUCGGUUCCAUUCUAAUUUUAUAAAUUAUAUUUUGGAAAUCCUCAUGAUAAGUUUGUUCAUGAUAAUUAAAAUAUGACAAUGAGGCUUAUAAGAGGUCUACUGCAAGGUCGAUUAGAUGGGAUUUUUACGUUGAGUCUAUAUGCUAAUUGGGGAUUAUCUGAUCGUAUCACUUUAAUAAUUACAGAAAGAAAAACAUGUCGAAUCCCGGCCAAUAGGGAAUUAACAUUUCGACAUUGCCAGGGACAGAGGACCGACACGCGUGGCAAUACAUGACUAGUCUGGAUCAUUUCUGUAACGUGAGGAUACCUCUGUAUAAUUCAAAAAAAAAAAACAUGUCAUAUAAUUGCAAACUGAUUCAAGUUUUGUCAUUUGUGUUGUGUGGAUUCUCUCUUUUUUUUUUCUUUUUUUUGAACAAGGACUCUCUCUUUUUUAAGAAACGAAAGACACACUAAAGAGAUGCUCUCACUGAAAAUUGUGACUUCCAAGUUGCAUGCUCACAGAUGACGGAGGGACUAUCCUCAAGAGCAUGUAAAGCUUCAUAGCUAUUUUCUAGCAUGAGAUUUUGGACCUUGAAGCAUAAACGUAGACUUGUGGUGAUGAAUGCUAUUGUUCAAGAUCGAUUAAAGCAGAAUGAUAUAGAAUCAGUAUGUUUUGUUCGAGUAUCUUCGUUUAUUGCUUUAGACUUGUGAUCUGAUCACAACUUAUAAACAGGAUGAUGAUUGCUAUCUCAACUUCUUGAAUCUUGAUGUUGGAAUGGCAAACACUAACCAUGGAGCAUGGCUCGGUUUGUUUGCUAUAUAUAAACUAAAUGUUUACUCGCCGCCUAGUGUCAUAUGAUUUGAACGAAUCUGAUACGCCUAAAUGCUUUGUAUUAGUGACGUUGAUGAAAAUUUUAAAUUAUACAAAUUUAGACAGCAAACUCCUUUUUAAUUUAUAUUUCCAUAUAACAUCUUAUAAACUCCCUAAUCAAUCCUAAAAAGGUAUUAUUUUGUCCGAUUGCUGAUAAAAGAAUUUUAAAACAGAAUUUCACAAUAAUAAACAAUACUAUUUGAGAGAAACAAUAAUAAACAACUAGAUUUUGACCCGCGCUUAAAAGCGCAGGUUAUUUUUCAGUUGAUAAAAGUAUAUGAUAUGAAUUAGUAUUUUAGUUUUGUUAUAUAUUAUUAUGUUACAAAAUUUUAUUAUGUCAAAAAAAUUAUUAUUAUGUAAUUAUAUUUUUAAUCGUUUGAUUACUUUUUUCAAAAAAAAUUAUAUGGAUUGAUCAGAUUCAGUGCGUCUAUUAUUUUAAAAUAAAUUAUUUUCAAUUAGAUGAGAACAAUACUUUUAUAUUAAGUUUGGACCCGUCGUCGAACCAGUAAACACGAUGACUUGUGCAUAAGCUGGUUUAGAUUUAAUGAAAACUCGUUAAUUUAAAGCAUGCAAACUUCGAAAAAACAUGCAAUCAAGUGUGACCCGGUAUUUGGUUUACAUGGUAGGAAAAAAAUAAUCUUCAAUAAUAUUUUAAGAGAUGAAUGAAACUUCUAAUAUAUUAAUGUAAUAAAAAAUAAUUUAACGUAAAUAUAUAUAAUUUUGUUUUAACAAAUGAUUUGCUAAAGUGUUUUUUUAUUAAAUUUGAUUUUGUAAAUAUUUAGAAUUAUAUAAUCUAAGAUGACAUGAUAUAAUAUGCUGUAUGAUAUAUGUUUUCAUUUUAAUAAUUGAUAUCUAAAUAUUAUAUAUCCAUCUUUGAGCAUAAUAUAUGAUGUAUAUAACGUUAUUGAAUAACAACAAUAACAUUGGAUGAUAAUAAGAAAAAUAAUUAGAGAAGUGUAUCAUACAAAAUGAGAAAUAAUAAUAUGAUUUAUUUAAAUUAUUUAUAGUUAUCGUAGUUAAUGGUAGGAUAAAAAAUAAAGAGUUUUAUAUAGAUGUUGUAAAUUCUUUUAUAAAUAUUUUUAAAAAUAUUUUCUUUUAAUAAUAUAAAUUUUCAAUCGCAUCUAUAAUAUAUUCUUAUCAAAAAUCAUCAUAACAAUAUAUUUAGAAUAUAUAUAUUUAGAAUAUAUUGUUAAACUAAAUUAAAGAAAUAUAAGGUAAUUGAUUAUUGCAUAGUUAGAGAAAAUAUAAGUUAAUUGACUAUUUCAUAGUUAGAGAAAUAUAAGGUGAGAU